AGCUUACCUGUCUUUCAAUUCUGACGUUUACACCAUUUUUGGUUUCUAUUUUUUUAACUGUCGUCCCGUAGAAUGAUUUCAUUUUGAACUCGAAUAAUGUCGAAGCUAGAACAAAUACUACAAUUAGACCCUCCGGUUGAACUCAAGUUCAGAGGACCAUUCAACGCGACCAACUCCUCACGUCUGCGUCUUACGAACCCCUCUGAGAAAAGGAUAAUGUUCAAGAUCAAGACAACAGCCCCGAAGAAGUACUGCGUCCGUCCGAACUCUGGAAUCCUAGAACCAAGCGACAAGGCCGAAGUAGAUAUCUGCUUGCAGCCUUGCAUGUACGACCCGACUGAGAAGAACAAGCAUAAAUUCAUGGUUCAGAGCGCAUUCGCUCCGAAUGGAGACAUCAACUUGGAAAAUAUUUGGAAGGACAUCAUUCCUGACCAUCUCAUGGAUUCCAAGCUCAGGUGUGUAUUCGAUAUUGCUACGGAUCCGAACGAGGUUGAAGAAGAACCGCAUAAUUUCACUCCACGGACAGCUUCAACUCCUGUUCAAAAGGGCAGUGUGGACGGACAUCUCCAAAGAAAUGUACAGGAAGUGGAGGAUGAACUGUUCUUGAGGCAGGAGAAUAUGAAAUUGAAGGAUGAAAUAAAGCAAUUGAGAGAGAUUCCUGGACAGAUGCCUUUUAAGUUAACAUGGACACACGUUGUUUGCGCUGUGGUUUUGGCUGUUGUGGGAGUAGCGCUGGGGAAGUAUAUAAUUUGAAGUCAUAGUUUUCAGAAAGCCUCUUUCAGUAUAUUUAUCUUAUAUUUAAUGUAUAUAUAUGGCAAAUAAACACUUCCAGCACUUUUUUACUAUUGAUAAAAUUAUUAUAGAUAAUAGAUACAUGCAAUAGUUUCACAACGUCAAGGGGAAAAGAGAAUGUGUAGAACGAUCCUGAAUAAACCAUGUUUCA